UGGUACAUGCUGACGGCUGAUAGCCCAGCCAAGCACAGAGUAUCGUGUGUUAAAUCAAUUUAACCGUCAUAUUAGUUUCAGUUGUCUUUAAUUAGGCUUCGACUGGACGAGGCUAAAAUAACUUUACCUGGAGGAAGGGGAGGUAAUCGUUGUGCGAUUUCAGUCAAAACAUACGUCGCCCAGCCCAACUGUUUGAGCAACAACAACCUGAAGUGUUUAUGUCAAGUCUCAAAUCAGGCUCUUGAAUUCGGUCGAAAUGGAAAAUACACCCAACUGCUUCAACAUGAAAUUAAAGAUGAGGAUUUGCCUGUGUAGUGUUGUUACAACCCGGAGGUGAGAGAGCUGGAGGAUGAGAGCAGAAGUAGGUUACAAUGAAAGUCGUCAGAUGGAAAUCAUUAAGGCAGGUAAGCCAGAUUGGGAAGAGUGACACUUUCAUUCAGUACUGUGCCUUGGUUGGGAUUGCCAUUACGUUUGUUAUCAUUUUGAUGUCAGUUAUGUGGUACGACCCCUGUGGUGGAGGACAGAUAACCAAACACUUGUGCGAGCAGUAUGAAGAAGGACUUGUGGCAGGCAGUCUGUGUUACAAGAUCUGUCGUGAGCAGUCCGUCUACUUACAGUCAUGCGUGUCGGAACAUCAAGAGCUUAAGGUUUUCUCGUUUCAAAAUUACUGGCUGAAAGUUCCAAAGUCUCUUAGUGUCAUGGCGGCCGAGGGCCAGAGCAGUGACCUUAUGCCACCAGAUGGCGCUACUAUCGAACAAUUCAAGGCUGCUCUUGCAAGCUUCCUGAACUUCAAACUAGACAAGGGAGAUCACUCUGCUCUCAUCACCAGUCUUCUGAUGUUUGCCGAUUUUAACCAAGACCAGCAGCUGUCUCUUGCAGAAGCUCAAUCCCUAUGGUCAUUAGUGCAGACUCAGGACUUUCUGAUGCUCUUUGUCUUCCGAAGGUCCAAAGAUCAUUUCACAAGGCUGAAUGAAACUUGUGGAAGCUUGUACUCUGUGGAACAAAUUCAUCACACGAGGCUAUACCAAAAACACGACACAUAUUUCCAGCGACUUUUUCCGCAGUCCUAUCUGUGGUAUGCACCCGAAUGGAAGCAUCGGGCAAACAUCGCCGUAGGUAUACUGGAUUUUGUGUUUACUGUGUACGAACAGGACGGAGUGAUAUAUAACAUGUGUGACAUGACGCCUUCCAACUUCGGUUACACGGCACAGUAUGAAUUCAAGGUCAUCGAUUUGACCUUCUUGCAUUCCAAAAACUGGUUGAGGCACAGGAUGAAGAAUGUGCCUUGUGUGAUAGAUGAGGACUGUGCAUCGGCAUCAAGCUGCCCGACAAUCUGUGAUAAGCUGACGGAACAGUGUUCAAGCGUUUUGCAGCGACCUAAUUUAUCUGCAGCCUGUGGCAUUCUGCAGGACUACAUCUUGCCCGAGGCGCCAAAGUCUAUACAAUCAGAGCUGGAGAGAUUGCUGAAAAAGUGCCACGGUCUGGACAACCACAGUGCUGGCCAGGAUAUGCAGCAAAUGGUGUUGUCUAACCAGUUGUUCAUUUUGAUUUUUGAUCAAAUAAAAUUUGGUGAAGACAGUCUCUUGUGGCAAAUUUCACAGUCUCUGGGAUUAUGAAGUUGAUGCUGACUUAACUCAAACUUCUUAAUUUUGGGAAAUGCUUUAUACCAUUGUAAAUUAUGACAUUUUAUUUAAUAUGUGUCUUUUUUUUUGUAGGUUGGAAUUUUGAUUUUAUUAAAAACUGACAGAUAUGGGGUUGAUUCAACAAGCUUUUUUGCAUUUACACGUAUGGUAAAUUCAUGCCAGUAAAACUUUAGUUGAAAUUGUUGACUCAAGUUUUGUAAGUUAAAUCUUUUUACAGAACCACAAAAUUAAUUCUUUAUUGAAGUUUUCAGUCUCAGCCUCCAUCAAAGUUAUAACAUGGGCAUUACCAUGCAAUAGUAGAACAAUUCAGGGUGUAAUUCAUGUAAGGUGACAUCAUGCUUUAGAACAAGAUCUGUAUGUUAUCAGAUAAGCUAGUGUUUACUUUUAGUCUGACCAUUUUGCAGCUAAUUCUCGUUCAGCAGGAUUUUGCCUACAAGCAAUGAAAGCAUUAUGGUGAAGAAAGAUCAUUAAAUACUGCCCUCGAAAGUAGCUGGAUUAUUUUUUUGAGACUUUCUUCUACCCAGUAAAAUGCAUUUGAAACUUUGGAUUUUACGGUGGCCUUUUCUAACCAUAUUGGGACCAGUGACGUCACAUCAGGUUUUGCCACUUCACGCGCAUAGACUACUAGAUUUUAUUAUUAUUUAUUAAGUGUAUAUACAUAUAGAUCUAUGAAUACAUUCACUGAAUGUACCUUGAAACAAGCUAUUUUAAGUAAAAAGCACGGAUGUAACUUUACUGAUAACCCUCUGGCUCAGCACAGACCACAGUAGAAUCUGAUAUUUUAAACCCAUUUUACUCGACUGGAAAAAUUCUACAACAAUAAAUCAAAACAUUUUCCUGGACAGUGUAAAUAGUCUCUUGUGUAAUAUAUACUCUAUUUUAGGGUUAUAUUUGCCUUGGAAUAAACUGUAUCCCUAUCAUUUGUCACUAUAACAUGAAGCACCAGUGUUGUAGGCCAAAUAUAAGAGAUUCAAGAAAUGGUCAAAGUGAAUGUAUAUACAUACUGUUAGUAAAAAUCUCAGGAAUUUUUGUCUGAAACUGUCUUGCUUGUAGGCGAAAAAUGUUUUAUGAUUAUCCUGGUGUCUUUUACCCGGGCAUUUUGUAAGUGUCCAUGUAUACUUGUACAUUGGAUUGUAGUUUUAAUUGUAUUUCAGGGCAUUGUCAUUAUUGUAUAAAUCCCAGUUCCAUUACACUACGUGCAUUUCGGACAGCUUGUGUGUAUUUGAUGGCACACAGGGAAAAUUUGCAAUACAUCCCAGGUUUUGACUUGUAAAUGACGUCAGCCUGUUUCAGCAUUGAGAGAGGCCUCAAAGAUGGUCAUUCUGUGUACAGUUUAUGGUCAAAUUUUCAGUUAACAGUAGUAUAUUUUCAGGGGUGCUUAAAUGGCAUAAAAUAUUUGGAGCUAAAACUUACAUUUUUCCGAGUAAAACAUCAUCCCGCCUUCCAGACAAACUUCAAAACACCUGUGCCGAGUUUCACAAAAAUGUCGCACAAUAAUCGCAGAUAUAGGGCAAGGCUACAGCAGUAGUGAUGUGAAAAAUAUUAUACCAAAAUGUCGUACGUGAAACUGACCCCUAUUAUCAGCAUAACUCUGGGAAUCUGGCAAAAUGUGUGAUUUUUGUCAUUUUACGUAAUUUACUGUAAUCAUGAAUUUGCAAAGGAAUAGAGGAAGUUACAGUUUCAUUUGCAUUCCGUGUGAUUAUUAAAUGGCAUUCCUCCCACCAUAGUGCUGGUCGCCGUCGUAUCAGUACGGGGUAAAAUAUUCUUCAGUACAGCAUAAAACACCAAUAAAAUAAAAUAAUAAAUAAAUGCAAAGAUCUGUGUCAUUUGUCAUCCCUGAGGCCAGGUCCCUUUGCAUUUUUGAAAUGUUUUUGUACGUUGAAUAUGGUGAUAACAGUAUUUUGAAUAAUUAUAGGCGAGUGCCGUCUAAUUAAUUAUGGUUCACAUCACUGUUUUUUUUUUUUUAUACCUAAUGCUGCUUAAGCUAUGGCGCUCCGGGGCGUGUGCUGUAUUUGCUACUAUUUAAUCAUUUACAUGAACAGUCAGAGUAAAAACUAGCUCUGUAGGGUUGUGAUUACGUCUAUUAUCAUAGCCCGGUCUUGAUCCAUGAGCUUACCUUGAACACCUCUGUACUUCCUGUGCUGGCUUCAAUACACUUCUGUUGGCUGCCAAAUAAUGUCUCUCUCCGUACUCAUAGUUGUCUCAGGCUAUUGACUCCUGCUUGAUGUCCAUACAAGGGAGAAAACUACUGACGCUACUAGCAAUUAGCAUAUUUGCUACAUUUCACUCGUUGCGUGUGCGUCCAUGUGCGAGUUAGUAAUUCAUCGGCUUUACCUAAUUAAAACAAUGAAGCGAAAGGGAAUCAGUAACAAGCAAAACAUAACUUGGAAAUCUGACUGAUUCGAGUAGCACUACCCUGACAGUUGCAAUGCGAAACGCUUUCUUUAUGUGUCGUCGUCGCCGAAGAAGCUUAUUUUUCGCGCUAUUUCUUCAAAUAAAAGCACCCACAUCUGUCACUGGUUGUUGCACAUGUAUUCCAACACUUGACGCUAUGAGCUAUUUCGACAAGCUCACAUUUUUCGCGUUAUCACCUUUUUUUCUGAAAAUUGUCAAGUUCAUUCUUUAUCCCAUGCUCCCCUGCAGAACUACCGCGAAAGAGUUUACUUCAGGAAAGGUACCAGACUAAAAAAAACAACCCUUCUGCGCAAGACAGAGCGAAGUAUCCUAGGACACAUUUGAUCUGGUUUCGUAUUGUAGCUCUCGUGGCUGCGCCACUGCAAUCUGUGUUACAUUUUUGCAACCAGCGAAACAUUGCGUAUUUUUGUGCAUGUUCUCAUUUCUGUUAGAUGAUGACUGGAGCCAUAAUUCGAAUUUGGGAAAGUAAAACGGAAAGUAAAAGGAUGUCACUCAGCAUCAUCAGAAUUAGAAAAUAGUAUUUUUCGACAAUUUUCAUAUUGUGCAGAUUUUACAGACUAGUAUUUGAUACAAGUUUCAUGUCAAAUUAAAUGUGCAAUAGUAAAACCUUUUAACCUGUUUCGUAUGGAUUUGUUCAGACAGUUUUUGUAGGAACUAUAGUUAUUUGUCUUAAUUGGGGAAUGUUGCCAAGGAAGCGUUAAGGUCAUU